CAGGGGAGGCGGCGACACCGGGGCAACCCCGAGCACGAUGGCUGCAGAGGGUCCCUGCGCCCCGGGCGCUGUCAUCCCCCUGCCAGGUGCGGGGACCGUGAGGGAGCGGGGCGGGGGGAUGAGGCGCCGGGCCCCUCUAUAACCCCUGUCCUCCCCGGCAGCCCCUGACGAGAGCGGCUGCUCGGACGAGUUUGCCCUGGACUGCACCUUCGCUGCCUGCGACCCCGAGCAAACAGGUAGCCAAACCCCCUGGGGCCAUGGUGGCCGCAGCCAAACUCACCCGGAAUGGUCACCGCCGCGCUCGGCCUCUCGGUUUGCCCAGGGAUGGUGCAGCCGCAGCGGGUGGUGGAGUACGUGGCGGCGAUGACGGGGCACAGCGGGCACGACGGGCGGCUGCGGGCGCUGCGGCGGGCGCUGGACCCCGCGGCCGCGGGGACGGCGCUGGACUGGGCCCGGUUCCGCACGGCCAUGGGCGCCUGGAUCGCGGCGUGCCGGCAGGACGGGUCGGUGCCGAGAGGUGGGACAGUGCUCCAGGCCGGCUGAACCGGCCAGCGGGGCUGACCUGUGGCUGUCCACGCAGGGCCGAGGAGCAGGACACGGCAACUGGUGACACUGGACCAGUCCUGGCCGGUGGGUGUUGGCACGGAAAAAGGGAGUCGGGGUGGCCCCAAUGGGGACACGAGCACAGCCCGCUGUGUCCUGUCCCACAGAGGACGACGGACACGCAUCCCCAGCAGCCUCCCAGCUCCCGGGUGACAACACGGACGCCACCAGCCCGUAAGUGCCCGCUGCGGGGACACCCCGCCAUCCCUGGCCGUGCUCCCAGGAGCACCCUGGGAUCUGUGGCACUCCCCAGCAGCGCCGAGGCCGCAGGGCUGCGGAGCCGUGCCCGGCAGCUGGCAGCGCAGAACACCAAACUGCAGCGGGAUGCCGAGCAGGCUGAGGAGCUCAACACCCGCCUGGCCGAGGAGAUCGCGCAGCUCCAGGCGCAGCUGCGAAGCAGCCGGCAGGCGCUGGAGCAGGCCAGGGUGGCCAUCGAGGAGCUGGACGACAUGAAGGCCAUGGUGAAGGGGCUGGAGGAGGAGAACACCGAGCUCCGGCGGCAGGCACGGCACGCGGAGAAGGAGCAGCACAGCCUGUGCUCGCGGGCCGAGGGUCUGCAGGAGGAGAACCAGCGGCUCCUCGCCGAGGGCCAGGGACUGCGGGAGCAGAUCCAGGCGCAGGCAGCCCGGAUGGCCAGCCUGGAGGUGAGCACAUGGCCACGGCGGGCGGUGCUGGGGCUGUGUCACACGGUGACGAGGUGUCCCUGUCCCCAUCCCUCUGCCCAGGCCCAGCUCUGCCGUGGUACUGCCCUGCUUUCUGCCCGGGACACAGCCCUGGCCCAGGCAGGGCAGCGGGCACAGGAGCUGACAGCAGCACUGGAGGAAUACGAGCGGAUGGUGCAGGUAUGGCACGUCCGACCUCUGUGUGAGCCCAGACAGCGGCCACAGAGCCCCUGGGCCACAGCACAGCCCCACCCUCUAUGUGGGGGCCAAGGCCAGGGGGUGACAACCCCUUUCUCCCUCCAGGAACUGCGUCUGGAGACGACGCGGCUGCGCCAGCAGCUGGGCCGGCUGCGGGACGCCUGGGCCAUGUACGGGAGGGACACGUGCGUGGGGCACGUCCUCAGGGCGCUCUGGCACCCUCAGCUCAGCAUCCUCACCCUCCUCUCCCUCCCACAGGCGCCCGUGGUGCCCGCGCAGCCAGCCGGCCAUCCAGGCCACGGCGGCGGCCGGCCGGGUAAGGCCGGGGUCAGGGGAGACCCUGCAGGGUGCCCUCAGCCACUGACCCCGAGGUUCUGCCCAGGACACGGGGGACAAGGAGGAGGAGGACGAGGACGACGAGGAUGAGGAGGAUGACGAGGAGGAGGAGGAGGACGCAGACAUGGCGCUGUCUGGAGGAGGCCUGGCCAGGAGCAGCGAGGAGGUGGCCGAGGCGGUUGCCCCACAGGCCCCGUUGUCACCGCGGGCACUGUUGUCACCGUGGGCACCGCUGUCACCGUGGGCUCUGGCGCUGCUGCUGCUGCUGGCCCUGCUCUACCUCCUGCCCCACCAGUGGCCCCAGCCCCAGCUUCGCUACCAGAGCCCCCCGCCCCUGUGAGACCCCCCAGUAAAGACCAG